GCUAAAGACUCUUUUUAGUACGGCGGGGUUUGUUUUGUAUGUGCCCCGCACUAAAAUCGAUAUCUUCUGGAUGGAUUAAAAGCACAAUCAGUCAUCACCUAUUUACCUGACAUCACAAGAUAAAAAGUUACCUUGACGUUAGCAAUCGAUAAAAUCUUCAACGCCAAUAAACCUCAAAUCAAACAAUCCACUUUCGGUUUUCUCGACAUUAUCUAAAUACAAGAUGGCUCCAGGAGGACCAGCAGGACGUGGCAGAGGUGGAAAAUUCAAGAAGUUCACUCGUGGAGGUGGUAAACACUUCUCUCGUGAUCUUCGACCUCUCGACGCCAAUGGAAACGAAAUUCGCGAAAAGAAUGCCGAUGAUUCAUCCUCAGAAGAAGAAGAGGAAUCGGAGGAGGAAUCGGAGGAGGAAGAGGAAGAAGAAAAGCAAAAGAUGACUCGUGAACAACGUCGCGCCGCUGCCAAAGCAAAGAAAGAAGCUGCUAUCAAGAAGAAGAACCAAAAAGUUGCACAAGUUGGUGAUCUUCCAACCGACAGCGAAGAAGAGAGCGAGGAUGAUGACAUGCCCGUCAAUCCCAAUCAUAGCAAGGCUGCUAGAGAUCAAGCCAAGGCACCUCCAAAGUCUGUUGAUGAAGUUGCCGAUGACGUUGCAAAGAUGAGCGUUGGCAAGAAACCUCAAGAGUUGAGUCGCAAGGAAAGAGAGGCAAUCGAGGCACAAAAGAAGAGAGAAGCAUACCAAAGAUUACAUCUUGCUGGAAAGACUGAUGAAGCUCAAGCCGAUCUCGCAAGAUUGGCAAGGGUCAGAGAGGAGAGACGCUUGGCAGCAGAACGCAAGGCUGCCGAAGAGGAAGAGCGUAAGGAACAGGAGCAAGCAAAGUCAGAGCAAUUGGCGAGGGAACAAAAAAGAAGAGAGGCUGCCAUGGGACCUGCAGCUAGAGGAAAGAAGGGAAAGAAAUGAGGAGCUUUCCGAGAUGAGAUCUAGUCUUUUACUUUUGUGGGUGAAGGCUUCUGGAAUAAAUAUCCAGACAUAUACAUAAGUCUCGGGGCGGCGUUGAUAUUUUUGCUUUUUCUGUAUCGUUUGGCUAAAAUCAAUCUAUACAAAAUUACAUUUACCCUCUUUCUA